AUGCGCAUAAGCCACAGAAUCAUAGGAAGAGUCUGCAAACGAGAGACGAACCUCCUACAUCUGGAAAAGCACAUGAGCCACUUCCAUCCCAACGGGCUCGUCUGCCGGUGCCGAACGCCGCUACCUGUCAGCGGCGUGCCCGGCACCGACAGCCUCGCCCGCCGCGGGCGGGGAGGGAGCGCGAGGAACGGAGAAGUUAAAAAGGAGGGGGUCGCUCGGUAUUCCAGCUACGCUGCCAACGCGGGCCUAAGCGUUAGACGUGUCACAUCGCGUUCCUCCUCUCCGUUAGCAGCAAAGACAGCGGCGAGCACGGCCCCGUGCCGCCGCCGGGCCUCGGCAGCUCCCGCCCCCGCCGCCCCUCACCGCGGCACCGGGCACGGACCCGCCGCGCCGCCGGGGGAUGCUCCGCGCAGCCCCCGCCCGCACCUGCCGCCUCACCUGGGCUCCCACGCGCGGCGGGGCUCUUCCGCCGGGCCCGGAGCUCUGCGGGGGCGAGACCGCGGCGCGGCGGCUGCUUGGAUACGGCGGCGGCGGCGCCGCGGGGAGCGAGACCGGCCCGCCCGUCCGUCCGUCCGUCCGUCCCGCGCGGCCGCCGGCGCGCACGGCCCUGCCCCUGCCCCGCGGUGCCGCGGCGGCCGCUCCCGCCCCGUCCGCCAUCACGUCCCCAUCACUGUCGGUGUAAGAGUGCCGCACCUCGGCCAGCGUGAGAACACCGGCUGCGGUCUGGCCGAGGGAGGGCGGGGGCGGCAGCACGGAGCGGCUCCCGCGGGGCUGCGGCCCCAGAGCCCGGGGCCGGCCGUGCCUCCCGCCCUGCCUGUCAGCGCCCCGGCCGGCCCACCGCGCGUCCCGCGGGGGGCGCAGGGCGCGCAGGCUCCUCCCCCCGCCCGGCGCGCGUUGGAACGGUCCUGCCGCGGCACCGCCCCCGUCCCUGCGCCGCUUCCGCCUUUCCGCCCCGCGCCGCCCGCCAUGGCCAAGAUCAAGGCCCGAGACCUGCGCGGGAAGAAGAAGGAGGAGCUGCUGAAGCAGCUGGAGGAUCUGAAGGUGGAGCUGUCGCAGCUGCGCGUGGCCAAAGUGACCGGCGGGGCCGCCUCCAAGCUGUCCAAGAUCCGUGUGGUGCGCAAAUCCAUUGCCAGAGUCUUGACUGUCAUCAACCAGACCCAGAAGGAGAACUUGAGGAAGUUCUACAAGGGCAAGAAGUACAAGCCCCUGGACCUGCGGCCCAAGAAGACUCGGGCCAUGCGGCGCAGGCUCAACAAGCACGAGGAGAACCUGAAGACCAAGAAGCAGCAGCGAAAGGAACGUUUGUACCCGGCCCGGAAAUUCGCCAUCAAGGCAUAGCCCCGAGCGAGCUGCAGCUCCGGGCUGGGGUCUGGGCUCAUUAAAUGGAGUUUGGUUUGGAA